GAGACGCCGUUCGCGUCCGAGUGUGUGUGUCGCAGUUUUAAACCGUACGUGUGUGACGAUAUAGUUCGAAAACGAGGAGCAAACGUCUGCACGUUGUCGCCGAACUGCGGCCGACGUUGAAUGUCUCGGCCAUCCAUUAGUUUGUUUUCCCUCCCCCGCCAUGAUGUUUUUUCUAAGUGGACAGCGGAGCUAAAGCUAACUAGCCAGCUUAGCGCUCGGGCUGCGGUGAGGAGGCAGGGUGCGAUGGAUGGAUCGCUUCGCCCCGCAGACGUUUCGCGUAUUUGUCGCAGUUUAAACGAGAACGCGCGCCCGGCGACGCAGUUGGACAUCUGACGACGCACUCCCGCGCUGCUGCGGAGGGACUGCUAACUCGCAGCACGGCGUUUUGGAAAAUAAAUAAAUAAUAAUAAAUGGUCCGAGAGUGUCGGCGGUUGAAGAUUAGCGCUAGCUGGGGCUGGGUUGAAGCGACCGCGCGGCUAGCUCCGCCUCGGCUGUCCACCGCCGCGCACUCGCGUCUGCUGCGUCGGGGAUGUUUUCCAAAAAGCCCCAUGGGGACGUCAAGAAAUCAACACAGAAAGUGUUGGACCCGAAGAAGGACGUGCUGACGAGGCUCAAACAUCUGCGGAUCGUCAUCGAAAACGCAGAGCCUGCAGAGCUGAAGCAGUUCUUUGACCACAACUACUCCCAUAUCUACUAUGUCUUCUUUGAAAACUUUGUUACAAUCGAGGUCAGCCUCAAGCAAAAAGGUCAUAAGUCUCAGAGGGAGGAGCUGGACUCAAUCCUCUUCAUCUUUGAGAAAAUCCUCCAGCUCCUGCCAGAGAGAAUCCAGAGCCGAUGGCAGUUCCACAGCAUCGGGCUGAUUCUGAAGAAGCUGUUACACACCGGGAACUCUUUAAAGAUCCGCCGUGAAGGCGUGCGCCUGUUCCUGCUGUGGAUGCAGGCGUUGCAGAGUAACGCAGAACGCGAGCAGCUCUGCAUGUUUGCCUGUUUGAUUCCUGGCUUCCCGGCUCCACUCUGCCACGGGACGCCACGCACGCUGGACACGCUGAUCAACCCGCCACUGAGUCUGACCGAGACUCAGGUGACCCCAGAAGAGAUCACGCCACUGGUUCCUCCCCAGUCAGGUGACAAGAACCAGGAAGACCUCACUGCCUACUUCCUGGAAGCGCUAUUGAAAUACAUGGUAAACCAGGCCAAGUCUCUAGAGUGGCGUUGUAAAGAGAACCAUGAACGCGGCUUCAGCUUCCUCUUUGGUCACUUCAGGAAGUUUUACCUUCCGCACAUCUUUCCCAACUUUGCCAUGGAAACCAGCCUCUACAGCCCCAUACUGGACGUGCCUCCAAUGCGUCCCAAGCCCUACUACAGCGUGGUUCGCAGGGAGCAGGAUGGCGGUGAAACAUUGUACUGCACCAAGGACAGUUUCCUCCAGGCCCGGGUCAUCUUCAUACGCUGGCUGGUUUCCUUCUGGCUGGAGCCGCGGCCCAACACACAGACACACAUCCCGGGGACAGAGGGAGAGAUCGUCCCCAGGAACAUACAGCGAGCAGCAGCCGGCCUGGCAGCUCGCUCUGCGGGCAGCUCAGACGACAGCGGCGGAGGCGGUAGUCGGUCUGACAGCCACCUGGAAAUCAGUGGGGGUUCGUCCGGGCCAGGGGGAAGCGGCAUGGGGCUGUCCGGGGGGCCGGGCAUCGGGGGUGAGCCCGAGCAGAGCCACUCCAACACAUCCACGCUGACCGAAAGGGAGCCCAGCUCCUCCUCACUCUGCUCCAUGGACGAGGAGCAGCUUACGGAUAUGGAGGUCGUGAGGAGAGUGCUGACCAGCUCCAGAACCAACGUCAACUUCAUCACAGAGAUCUUUAGACAGGCGUUCCUCCUUCCUAUGUGUGAGGCAGCAGCGAUGCGAAAAGUGGUCCGUGUCUACCAGGAGUGGCUCUCCAUGGAGGACAAGCCGGUGUUCAUGAAGGAGCCAGACGAGGGUCCUUAUCCCAUAGCCACAGCUGGCAGUCUGGACUCUGGCUCUCAGCUCGGGGACAAGGAGGACGAGGGAAUGAACCAAGAGAUUGACAGUGAAUUGCUCGAGUACAGUGUUCAUGCUGGAGUUCAGACGACACUACAGGUAUUUAUCACCCACUCCUCCAACGUUUUUCUAAUGGAGCCCGCCAACGACAUCAAGAUCCUUUUGGAGGAGCACGUCGACAUGUGCAAGCGAGUCUUGAACAUCUACCGCAGCCUCGUCAUGCACGAGACCAUGGACAAUAAAACAUGGGAGCAGAUCCUAUUGGUUCUGCUCAGGGUGACGGAGUCAGUAAUGAAAAGGCCUCCGUCCAUCAUGCCUCAGGGCAAGAAGAACAACACGCUGUCAGGCAGACUGGCUGGACCGAUCUUUCAGACGCUGAUAGUGGCCUGGAUUAAGGGAAACUUGAAUGUCUACAUCAGCAGGGAACUGUGGGAUGACCUCCUCUCCGUCCUCUCCUCCCUGACCUGCUGGGAGGAGCUGGUCACAGAGUGGUCUCUCACCAUGGAAACGCUCACCAAGGUGUUGGCGAGGAACCUGUACACUGUUGAUCUCAACGAGCUGCCUCUGGACAAACUCAGUGAACAGAAGCAGAAGAAACACAAAGGAAAAGGUAUCGGUUCAGACGGCCAGCGGCAGGUUGUGGAUCGUUCCUUCUCUAAAGGCUGGAGCAGAGAUCAACCCGGGCAGGUAGCGGCAAUGAGACAGCGCAGCGCCACCACUGCAGGCUCACCCGGCAUCGAAAAGGCCAGGAGCAUUGUCCGCCAGAAGACUGUAGCCCUGCGUAGCUGUUCUACGGGGGACUCUCUGCUGUCCUCAGCCUUUAUCCGCAGUGCUAAGAGUGCUCCCGCUCUGGCUCCGCCUCUUCCUGUCCUCCUCCACCACCACCACCACCCUUUACUACCCCCCCUUGCCGACCAGCUGGCAGACCUCGAGGACCCGCCAAUCACGCUGACGUCUCGCACCUCUCGGAUGCGUCACUCCUCCCAGAGCGACGAGGCCCCUCCCGCCUCCUGUUCUGAGGUGUUCCAGGGUGGGGCCUGUGACCUGGAUGCCCCGGCCCCUUCCUCCCUCGCGAGGAGCAGCAGUGCCUCUGACGUCAUGGAGCCUUUCAUCGCUGAGCGGGUCAAAGGUGAAGACCCUCAGAGGGAUCCCGCUUCAAUCCCAAACCCCCACCACCCUACCACCUCUUCUACACUCACAGCCAACAGCCACGCACCUCAGCCACUUCUACACCCUCCCACCCCCCCCUCCCCCUCCCCCACCCCUUUAACCUUCUCCAAUGGCGUUGUCUCCUUGACCUCAGAGGAACAAGACGACGCUAGUGUUUAUGACCAGUUCUGGCAGCAGAUUGGCUCUCGAAGCCGAGGUUCUAGCUCUGAUUGGGUAAGCGACUGGAAUUCUGCCUUCACCUUUUCUUCUGAAAAGGAAAUUGAUGCAGAAGAGGGUGAAAUAAUGGGAGCUGGGGUCGAGGAGGAUGAUUUAUUCUCCUCUAUUAGGGACUACCUCACCCACAAAGGAGGUGAGAGGAAGGAGGAGGCCAGAGAGAGAGAUAGUCCUGGUCACAAGUCAGAGAACAGCGUUGCGUUACCCGUUUCAGUGCAAACGGGAGUCGCUAGAGUGCAGAUAGAAUCCACGGGACAGGUAGGGGAGGCAAGACAGGUGAUAGGAGAGGACAGGCAUGGCGGUAAGUCAGUUAGACACAGCAGUGUGGAUUCAACGGAGGAGAGUGAGGCGGAGCAGCGAAGCAUCUACGAGUGCCUGGAGCUGCAGUGUCAGUGGCCGACACCCAGUGCUAGGGGAAGUGCGAGCUUAGAGAGGACAACUGGGGAGAAAAGGGGAGGAGGAAAUACAGGAGGGGCGGAGGGAUGGGAAGGUAAAUGUGACACGCGGAAGGAAAUGGGAGACAACAAACAGGAUGACAAAGGAGCAGCGGGAAAUGAGAGGUCCACUUCAAUUAGACAAGACAUGAACACAGUAGAAUUGAGCCUUGAAUCAAAUGAAACCACCCAAACUGCAGAUCCGACCAAGGCCAAGGUAUCCCGUGGUAGUACCAAAAGACACCACUCUGGGGGUGUUCAUGUCAGCUUCCGGCCCUCAACCGAAUCUGUCCAGUUCCACAAUCCCCUCGAGAGUAAAGAGGCUCACUGGAAAGCCAGGCUGCGCCGCCUCAGUCACUUUCACACACACAGCCACUCGGCUGGGGAAAGGCCAGGGGCCGGCACUGGGGCGGGGUCAGGGGGCAAGCUGGGAGCAGGGGGUGCAGGUAAGUUUGGCUCUGCGGCUGGGAUCAGCCACAGAGUAGGAGCACAUGAGAAAUCAGCCUGUGGAACUCUUGCGGACGGCAGCGGGGCGGGGGGCACAGCGGGAGCCGGAGGUGUGGACAACAGGGCCGGCAGCGGAGGGGACAGACAUCAUCCCGGAUCCUGUGUGGGAUCCAGUCUGAGCGCUGAUAUCCACCAAGAGGUUCCAUCAAGCAUUUCAAGUUCCUCGGGCGCGUCGUCAGGGGUGCGCGGCCGCCUGGGACGCUCAGCCUUGCGAUCCCGAGCCUCCCGCUCCCGCUCUCAGGAGCCAGGCAGCACGUCCCCACGUCACCACCAGGGAGCCCUUCUUGGUGGCGUCUAUAAGACCGUGGUUCACGCUCUGUCCUCCAAACCUCGGCCCCGAGGUCAGGGGUCAUCCCAAGGCUCGUCGCCACAGCGGCAGGGCCGGGCCGCCAUGGGUGACGCAUCGCUAAGAGACCUCUACUCCCAUGUCCUCGGCUACUUUGGGCGAAAGACGACCACGCCAGCCAACAAAGAGGAAGUGGUCCAGAAAGCCCGCCCAGUUUCCAGCGACGUAGGAAGCAGCAACCCAAAUUUCUCCGACCUGAUGGACGAGUUCAUCCAGGAGAGACUGAGGGCCAAAGGAACAGCAGGUCGCCGCGGCAGCAGCCCAGGGAGCUUGGAGGUUCCCAGGGACCUGCCCGAACUCCUGGAGGCCGGCCAGAGUCUUGGAUCGCGGCCCUCAGAAGAUCUCCGGCCCAUCGAUGACCCGGGGGUCCCCUCUGAGUGGACCUCACCUGCAAGUGCCAGCGGCUCUGAUGUCAUCAGCUCAGACAGCCAGUCAGACUCCUUCAAUGCCUUUCAGUACUCCACCUGCAAGUUUGAUAAUUUUACUUUCAGUUCAGAAGCUUGCGGAGGAGGAGGUGGAUCUGGAGGAGGAGGUCGGGGCAGCUCGCUGGACCAGGACAGCCUGGGCGGGGGCGCGGCCUGCGAAGAACACGAAGUGGCCAGCUUGACAACACUUCACAUCGACUCCGAGACCAGCAGCCUCAGCCACACUGUCACCGUCACUGGUUCUGAGAGUGCCUCUCCCAUGCAUUCUCUUGGAGGCUCUCGGUCCCAGACGCCCUCUCCUGCUACGUUGACGGCAGAGCACGCCGAUCACGCACACUCCCACUCUCACACACAACUGCAGCUGGACCAGAAGCUCCACAACUCUGUCCUGCAGACCCCUGAUGACCUGGAAACCAGCGAGUUCCCCGGCGAGGACUGCAGCGUGAUGGCGGGUGGUUCUCUUACCGGUUGGCACGCAGACGUUGCCACUGUAAUGUGGCGGAGGAUGCUGGGUAUCCUGGGGGAUGUCAAUAGCAUCAAAGACCCAGAGAUCCAUGCUCAGGUCUUCGACUAUCUGUGUGAACUCUGGCAAAACUUGGCCAAGAUAAGAGAUAAUUUGGGCAUUUCUCUGGACAACCAGUCGUCUCCACCUCCCCCUGGUCUGAUCCCUCCCCUGAGAAUUCUCACCCCCUGGCUCUUUAAGGCAACCAUGCUGACAGAGCGUUACAAGCAGGGGAAGCUUCAUGCCUACAAGUUGAUCUGCCGGAUCAUGAAGAGACGGCAGGAUGUUUCCCCGAACACAGAUUUUCUCACACACUUUUACAACAUCAUGCACCAGGGGCUGCUGCACCAAGACCAGGAUAUUGUGAACACCAUUAUCAAGCACUGCAGUCCUAGGUUCUUCAGUAUUGGCCUGCCCGGAGCCACCAUGCUGAUCCUGGACUUCAUCAUUGCAGCUUCGAGAGUGACCGCCUGCUCCUCACUCAAUGCUCCAAGAGUUGAGGCUCAGAUCCUCCUGGGAUCUCUCGUGUGUUUUCCCAACUUUUACGGGGAGCUCCCAGCCCUCCACCCCACCACAGCCGAUGUGGUGCUCACCAAAUUUCCUGAUGUCAAGGAGCACAUUAUCAAAACCAUUCUGACCUCGGCCAGGGACGAACCCUCUGCUCCAGCGAGGUGUGUGGCUCUGUGCAGUCUGGGCAUCUGGCUGUGUGAAGAGCUGUCUCACGGGACUCAACAUCCACAGAUUAAAGACGCUCUCAACGUCAUCUGUGUUACUCUGAAGUACCCCAACAAGAGUGUCGCACUGGUGGCGUCCGACAUCCUCCACCUCCUGAUCAGUCACGUGGAUUAUCUUCAGAAAUUCCCUCCAGACACUCCAAAGAAGAUCGUAGAGAUUUUGAUCGCGACCAUCACCUUCUUGCUGCCCACCACUGAGUCUUCUCCUCACGAAAUUGACAAGAGGCUGGUCGUGUCCCUCCUGCUGUGUCUGCUGGACUGGGUGAUGGCGCUGUCUCCAAAGAUUCUCCUCCAGCCCGUUCAAACUCGAAGCCCUCCAGAGAGGGACCAGCCUACCAAGACUCUGCUCAGCUGCAUUUAUAAGGUUUUGCACGGUUGCGUGUACGGCGCACAGUCGUUCAGCAGUCCCAAGUAUUACCCACUGCAGCUGUCAGACCUUCUGAGUCCAGAUUACGACCCGUUCCUUCCGCUGGAGAGCCUCAGAGAACCAGAGCCACUGCACAGCCCAGAAUCGGAACGCUCCAGCAAACUACAGCCGGUCACCGAAGUUCGUAGCCGUAUUCAGCAGGGCCUGGUUUCCAUCGCAGCCAGAACAGUUAUCACCCACCUUGUCAACCACCUUGGACAUUACCCCAUGUCAGGAGGGCCGGCUACUCUGUCCAGUCAGGUGUGCGAAAACCAAGACAACCCGUUCUGUGAGAGCGCUGAUCUCGGACCAGAACUUUUCCAUUCCCCAAACCUGCAGUUUCUGGUUCUCAACGGGUCCACUUUGCUGUCCGUGCUUCAGAUCCGCUCAGAGUCUGGUGUACCUGGGGGAGGAAUGACGGCUGGUCUGUCUUCUGCUCCUGCCUGCGUUCGUGUCAUCAUCCGAGAUGUUGCUGGAAAACACUCUUGGGACUCUGCCGUCCUCUACGGGCCUCCACCGGGUUCCCCAACCAGCCCGGUGCACACACUUUCAACACACACGCAGUCGCCGCACAGUGCAAAUCUUCAUUUACGCGCCUCGCCGGGAGGUCCACCGAAAAAGAUGGAGCUAAAGAGAGAAGACAGCCAAGAGGAGGGGCAAGAGGAGAGGGAGGCAGAAGAGGGAGGACGAGGGAUGGAAGGUGAGCGGCAAGAGCCUUGGGCGGAGGGGGAGGAGGACCGAGAUGAGAGGCAAGUAGGUGAAGAGGAGAAGGAGGAUGAGGAGCAGGAGGAAGAAGAGGAGGAGGAGGAGGAACAUAGAAUGGACAGGGAGGAGGAUCCUGGGGACUUAUGCUUGGAACAGAUUCUGGCUCCGCCAUUGGCUAAACGUGUGUGUCGGGAGGCGGUCCCAGCGUGGGAUUCACUGAGUGAAGGUGAUGACGCGCUGGAUGAAAUGCUGCAGUAUCUGGGGUACUCAAGUCCUGAGUGUCUACAGAGAGCAGGCAUGCCGCUCAACAUCCCCGCCCCUCCUCCAGCGUGUGUUUCAGAGAAGCAGGAGAACGAUGUGAUCAAUGCCAUCCUGAAGCAGUGUGCCGCUGAGAGAGAGUUCGUCCUUCACAGAGGUGAGGAUUUGAACAUGAGGGCCGUGCAGCAGACUGAACCAGAGACCCAGACGCCACAGUCGGCCUUCUACUACUGCAGACUACUGAUCAACAUACUGGGACUCAACUCCUGGGAGAAGAGGAGCAACUUCCAUCUGCUGAGGAAGAAUGAGAAGUUACUGAGAGAGCUGAAGAACCUGGACUCACGGCAAUGCCGCGAGACCCAUAAAAUAGCAGUGUUUUACGUGGCCGAAGGCCAAGAAGACAAACACUCCAUCCUCACCAACACAACAGGCAGCCAGGCUUAUGAGGACUUUGUCUCUGGACUGGGCUGGGAGGUGGACCUCACCACUCACUGUGGCUUCAUGGGAGGUCUCCAGAGGAAUCGCAGUACAGGCCAGACCACACCUUACUACGCCACUUCCACUACUGAGGUCGUCUACCACGUCUCCACCCGCAUGCCCCACGACCAGGACCACAACCUCACAAAGAAGCUGAGACACCUGGGUAAUGACGAGGUCCACAUCGUGUGGUCGGAGCAUUCCAGAGACUACCGUCGAGGAAUCAUCCCCACCGAGUUUGGAGACGUGCUGAUCAUCAUUUACCCCAUGAAGAACCACAUGUACUCCAUCCAUAUACUCAAAAAGCCGGAGGUGCCGUUCUUCGGGCCGCUGUUCGACGGUGCCGUCGUGGACAUGAAGAUUUUGCCCACCAUGGUCAGAGCCACAGCCAUCAACGCCAGCCGAGCUCUCAAAUCCCUCAUCCCUCUGUACCAGAACUUCUAUGAAGAGCGAGCUCGCUACCUAGAAACCAUCGUGCAGCACCACCAGGAGCCGACCACGUUUGAGGAUUACGCAGCUCGAGUGUACAGCCCUGCUCCCUGCACUCACCUGCCAGCGGACACAGGCUCCUGCCUAGAGAUUCUUCGGGGAGAAAGUCCGGCUCUUGGGGAGGCCGGGAGCGACUCAGCAUCCCCCAUGUCUCCUCGGACUAGCAAGAGCCGCAUGUCCAUGAAGCUGCGGCGUUCCUCCGGGUCGGCCAAUAAGACUUGAUCUCUGCCGGGGCGACUCGGCUCAGUCGGAAACUGACACUUAAGUUAGCGGAAAAACUAAAACUGGUCCCUUUUUUUUUUUCCACAUCAACCUAUGAGACUCGACCCUUAAAAGGGUUUUACUCCACAGGAAUUCUGGUCCAGGAUUGCACUUGAAGAAAUUAGCAGCGACACAAAUUAAAAUGAACUGUUAAAUUGAUGGGCAGUGCUGUGGGAGAAAAGACAAUAGAAGUUGACCCAUCGACUCGUUCUCCCGCCUCCACCACGUUGCCAUUGAGACUCUCAAAAACACACACAAUAGUGAUGGCAUUUCACGCAUUAUACUAUACUGUAACUUUAUUUUGAAAAUUGCUCACAGCUGCUGCAUUUAUCCUCAGCUUUGCUCUCACACACACACACACACACACACACACACAAGAGAAAACCCCACAGAAUCCAGUUGAACCCGUCGCUGCAGCCUGUUGCCUGCUGUACACUGCAGCGUUGGUUCUUAAUCGGUGCCAUGUUGAAAGUUUGCCACAUCACCCCGACCGUCUCUGGAGAGCACAUUUUUCUGACCGCCGAACAAAAAGAGCAGAGUCUCUUCAGACUCUCAGUCCUCAGCCUCUGUGGGUGUUGUGUCAUUGAGCGUUGCUACUGGUAACUUGUAUAUUUGUACUAUACAGGCCGAGAGAUGACUUUUGAUAUUUUAAAAAAAGAGAAGAAGAAGUUGGCUGUGAUGUGUUGCAUGAAGCCCGCAAGAUAAAAGUCUAUUUUUGUUCUCGACGCAUCAUUAGGGCCUACAAAGAGACACGGCAGCGCUCGCUUGUUUAGUCACUCCUCAUGAAAUGUAAAUAGAAACUCAUACAUUUGUUAACAGUUAAAAAAAAAAGAUAUUAAUCUCGUGGCAACGCUCUCACACCCCAAAAAAAUGUUUUCCGAGUUUGAAUUCAGAGUCGGAGCCCCUCUCUGAACCGAGGGACUCGGACAACGUUACUGUACGUGGAGUCGUGAUGGAGGGAUCACUCUAGAAAAGUGUUCUCCGGAAAAAAAAACGAACAAACACCUGUUUCUUUUGAAGCACUGACGUUCAUUGCAUUUAUUCACCUUCUUUUUUUUUUUGUUGACUGUAAAAUGUGUUGCGAUCUGAAUGAGAACGUUGCUGUAUUUUUCAGUCACCCCGUCCUCCGUUGCCGUGGAACCACCGCUUUUUCUUUUCUUUGUGUGUGUGGAAUAUGUGUAUAUAUAAAUAGUAGAUAUAUUAUCUAUGUGCACAGUUGUGUAUAGUCUUUACUGUUCUGUGAGAAAUAGCUGCCGAAACCUGGUUGAACCUCAGACCACAUAUCUGCUUAAAGAAAAAAAAAAAAAUGGGUCGACACUACACGGCUAUGUGCUUCAGUAGUUUCUGCACUACGUUCUUCGGUUAUGUAAAGGAAAUCUCAUUUUAGCUCAAACAGGUUACAGUUGAUAUGUCCAACCUUUGUUCCCACAGCCAGACUGGGGAGAGUCAAGGAACAAUAAGCGUUAAGUGGGAUCUUAUACAUUUGCGUGUCGCUAAACGCCGCUUUGUGUUACUGUUUAUUUUCUCCAAAAUGAACUACUCACUGUAACUAAGGUGAUGUAUGUAUCGAGAUAUACCGGGGCAUUUAAAGGUCGUAUCAGGCCUGGUAAAUACCAGCGACAGACGUUUUGGGUCUCACGAGUGUCUGUGCUUCUCUCGCACGUGAGUCAAUUAGGCCCAGUGUUGGUGUUUUUUCUGCUGGAGGCAUUUUUAGGGAUUGGGAAAGGAGGAAAAUCAGGAGUCUACAAAAGAGAGAUACUGUAGAUCCAAGGCCAAAGAGAGGAAGGAGAGUGUGUGUGUGUGUGUGUGUGUGUGUGUGUGUGUGUGUGUGUGUGUGUGUGUGUGUGUGUGUGUGUGUGUGUGUGUGUGUGUGUGUGUGUGUGUGUGUGUGUGUGUGUGUGUGUGUGUGUGUGUGUGUGUGUGUGUGUGUGUGUGUGUGUGUGUGUGUGUGUGUUGGCGGACAUCAAGGUUAAUGAAAGAGCUGUCAACAGCCCUGACUGACCGUGUGUGCGUCAGUCAACUUAUCCUCACGUAGAUGUGAAUCUUUCUUUCAUUGCUUGUAUUUAGACUCGUCCCCUGUUCCAUUUCCGGGGAUCAGCAUCUAGUCACAAUCGGGGAAGUUAAACUCAAACACUACCGUUGAUAUUUGUCAUGUAUUAAAACUUCCUUGUUCAAGAACUGCAUCCGUUCAGCCCAACUUAAAACAAACAACUGGUGCUCAAAUUAGCAGAAAUGGACUCACGCACUCCCUCCACGAAGAGGGAGGGUUGAACGCUCCACCGUUAAUUCACCAUGAUGGCUUGUUUUCCAUAAUUUCUUCUCUUUUCUUUUUUCUUCCAUAGCCUGAUCCCUGAUAAAGGAAACAUGUAUGUGACAGAUCGGCAUUUGAUAAAUAUGGAUAUAAGUUUUGCAGUUUAAAGUGUAUCCACCGCUGUGUUUUCUGUUGCUGUUUAAUUUCUCUUUUCUCUUUUUUUUGUUUCAGCCAUAGUGUCUCUGUAGAGAGGAAAGGGAUUGUAUAAAGUUUGUUGUUUUUUUUUUUUGUUUUAUUCGAACCUGUUACCUUUUAAAAAUGUGUCAUUGUAAACUGAGGUCAAACUUCUGUUGUGUUACAUUGUGUGUGAAUGUUUGAGGUCGGCAAAAGGAUUGAAUAAUUUAAAAGUCGUCCCUUUUAAAUUAUGUAUUUUACAGUUAAUGUCGCUGAGGUUGAGAUUAGCCGUUGAUUGGUCGCGGCGAGUGAUCCAAUAGUAGCUCACCUGCAGUAACUGUCCCAGCUAACAACCUGAACCCGUUCACGUGAACAUGUCCCGGCCUCAGCAGCGCCCAGUUUAUCUACUCUCCUCUUCUUUGUGUUCUUUAUACUAAAACACUGGCGACGCCGCUUCAAUGUCCCAUGAGAAAAAUGGGGACAUGUCAGACUUUCAAAUCUGUUUAACACUUCGUAAAUAGUCCUGAGGAUCUUGUGUCUGGCCUGAAUUGACAAAAAAAAAAAAAAAGAUCUGCCCACUCAACUGUGCUGAACUGGGAUGUGUGACUCCCAUGAAUGCAUGUUCGCUUAGGUAAAAUAAUAAAAACCUGAUUAGCAGCAACCAAAAUGUAUAGAAAAAAAAUAUAUAAGUUACUCAAAGCUUUCCAGCAUGAACAAGAAAUCAUAUCGGCCGCCCUGAAAUCCCACAUCUUCAUUGUCUGAAGAGGAGAAAAAUAUCAAGACUCCCGUUCUUCUCCCUGUCCGCGCAGCCAAUAAAUCAUAAGCAGCAAAGCUUUCUCUUCACAAAUAACAGAUCGCAACGUCCGUGCCUGAUGAAACGUGACGGACGCGUCACGUUCAGCUGUCGCCCGGACGUUUGUCUGGGGACGAAGCUGACGCAUGUAACUACUGACUUGUACGUACUGCAUGUCGCCAGUUUUAGCAUCGACUGCCUGUGUUGACCAUGUUACAGCUGUACCACGACACACACAACACACACACACACACACACACACACACACCUGCACGCCCGCACAAUACACACUCCUCGCACUAUGUUACUGUCAAACCUGUAGUCUGUAGAUGUGUGACGUCUGUUUCACACACACGGGGAAGCGUGGGUGUGCAGUGAUGGAAUUUAACAAUAAACGAUUCCUACCACUCA